CAAACCAUCAACUAUUCACCGCCAUCGUGCUACAACCUCGGGCAUCUUCUCUUUUGCCUUUUGCCAUCUAGAGUCCGUGUCCCGGCAUUUGCCACUGCGCUUCGUCGCGAGCUCCUGUUCCGCCGCUUUACCUGCGAACUCUCUCGUCGGAUCUCGCGCCUGUGAGGGCCAUGGGCUUGGCUAUUGUCGCUGCUGAGAUCAGGACUGCGCACGGGGAAGCUUUUCAGUAUCGCCUUGGAGCAAGCAAUUGACGCUCCAAUUGCUCUUGCGCUGUCCGUCGCCAACGCUCGUGCCACCCGAGUAGCUCUAGGAGCUCUGCGAGCUUGCGGAUAAAGAAAGGAAAAAGAGGCACGACAACACAACACAACACAACGCGCAGAGCCCAAGAUAGCCUCGAGUCGCGCAGCCCAAGAAAAUGCACGACAAGGUUGUCUCUCUGGGCUCGCGCCUGCACUAUCCCAUCGUCAUCACCAAGCUCCUCAAGAAGCCGGGCGAGUCGAUCAAGAAGCAGGAGACGAUAAUAGAGUACAAGUUCACCUGGCGACGCAAAAUCAGCGACGAUGAGUGGGUGGACGAGACUACGUAUACCGAGUUCGACAGCCCGGCCGAGGGCACGCUGAAGGAGUGGCGCAUCCAGGAGGGCCAGACGAUAGCGGCCGACAUGCCGUGCAUGACCGUCGAAGAAGCCUGCGGACACGAGGUGCAGAUCCAGGGCCUUUGCAGUCUUUGCGGCGCAGACAUGACCGAGAUCAACUGGGCCAGCGAAGAGAAGGACACGGAUCGGGCCAUGAUCAACAUGGUGCACGACCAGACGGGCCUGAUGGUGAGCCCGAACGUGGCCAAGCGGGCGGAACACGACACCCAGAAGCGCCUGCUGCGCCAGCGAAAGCUGAGCCUGGUGGUCGACCUGGACCAGACCAUUAUCCACGCGUGCAUAGAGCCGACGAUCGGGGAGUGGCAGCGCGACCCGACGAAUCCCAACCACGAAGCCGUCAAGGAUGUCAAGAGUUUCCAGCUCAACGACGACGGGCCCAGAGGCUUGGCCAGCGGGUGUACCUACUACAUCAAGCUGCGGCCGGGCCUGAAGGAGUUCUUGGAAGCCGUCUCUACAAAGUACGAGCUGCACGUGUAUACCAUGGGAACCCGCGCGUACGCCCUUAAUAUUGCGCGUAUAGUGGACCCCGACAAGAAGCUUUUUGGAAACCGUGUCAUCAGCCGAGACGAGAAUGGAAGCAUCACGGCAAAGAGCUUGCAGAGAUUGUUCCCAGUGAGCACCGACAUGGUCGUCAUCAUUGACGACCGCGCCGAUGUCUGGCCCAACAACCGACCGAACUUGAUCAAGGUUGCGCCGUACGACUUCUUCAAAGGCAUAGGGGAUAUCAACUCCAGCUUUCUACCCAAGAGGCAGGACAUCCUACCGUCUCCGCCGAAGCCAAACGGUCUGGUUCCCAACUCGGACAACGCCAUCCCGGGAGAAAAGGUCUCACCACUCGAUGAACUUGCGCGAAUGGGAGGCGGCGAUGAGGCUAGUCUCAAGGUCCAGGAGGAGGAACAGGAAAAGACGCUGGAGAAGCAGUUGACUGAUCGCCCAUUGCUGCAUAUGCAAGAGGAGCUGGAUAAGGAGGACUCGGAAGGUGACGGAUCAUCAUCAGCAUUCCAUCACAGACAGCAUCUCUUGAAUGACGAUGACGAAGAACUCGUCACCCUGCAAGAUCACUUGACUGAUCUUCAUGCUGCAUUUUACGACAUGUACGACAGGAGACGGGCAGAGAGGAGAAUGUCGGAGCCGACACAUCCACCGGGGCAUACGAAAGCGCGCAGGAAAUCCCAGCCUGAUGAUGGGGUGGACUUGUCGCUGGUUCCGGACGUGGGCGAUAUACUGGACGAACUCAAGUCUAGCGUUCUGUCGGGUCUUGUCAUUUGUCUGUCAGGUCUCGUGCCGCUGGGAGUCAAUAUCGAAGAGUCUGAAAUCGGAAUGCAAGCGCAGAGCUUCGGCGCCCAGGUCGUUGAUAGCAUUUCGCCGAGGGUCACUCAUCUCGUGGUUUCCUUGGCGCGGCCUCGGACGAAAAAGGUGCAGCAGGCGGCCAAGAUCCCAAGUAUCAAGAUUGUGAACCAGAAUUGGCUGGCGGACUGCCUUAGCCAAUGGCGGAGGCUGGACGAAAGCCCGUACUACAUGCCCAUUCUCGAUGCGGACCGC